AUGGACGCUGAUGAGCAUGAGACCGCUAACCUCGAUAACAUCCCAGUGGAGUUGUUCUGGCAUGUGGCCGAGUAUCUCGAGAAGGAAGACCUGCGCAGCCUACGGGAGAUAGUGCUCUACCAUGUCCGACGCCGAAGUAUGAGUGUGGGACCUUUCCGAGUCGCGAUCGAAAGCGAGAUGAAGCACAACGAACAGAACCUGCACAAACUGUGCUGCGUGCUCGCCGAGAGCAGGAUCGAAGUCCGAUACCUGAACCUCUUCCUUCCGUUGGUCGUCGAACCGGAAUUGCAAUUCAUCUACCUCAACUUGGAAGUCAACUGCAAGCCCUUACCCGAUGGCAUCUUCACCGUCUGGGGCCAACUCCGGCAGCUCCACGUCCACGAGCCAGAGGACAACAAGGCCUUCCGUUACGUGCGGAAUCUGGUGCCCGUCAUCCUGGCGAAUGCGCCCAGGCUCGAAGAGUACCGGUUAAGCGGCUCGAAGGAUCGUUCCGUCUGGGAAGGGUCUCCGUGGCCGUCGCCGCCGCCGCUCAAGAGCCUGGAGUUCAACGAUCCGUGGAUCAACCUUCAGGAUAUGCUCGCCUUUCUCCAGUGGGUCGGCAACACCCUGGAGCAUGUCCGGUUCUAUCAUGCCCGCUGCAUCAGGUCUGACUUCAAGUGGUCGGACAUUUUACAAUUCAUGAAGGAAGGCUGCCCGAUGCUGAAGUAUGUCUCGUUGGACUCGGUGCACCGUGACUGGCUGGGGGGCGUGGAGCCCAUUCGCUGGCAGGGCAGUGCCGAGUGUGAGGGACCGCACGAUCGCGAGCGAAUGUUGGAGGGGUUGGACCGGAUGAUCGUGGCAACUCUGGCGCGCAUGAUUUAG